CGUUAUAACGUACAUCAAGUUUCUCCCCCAACUGCAUUUUAUUCUGUUCAAAUUCGGUACUCUGCUGUUUUACCGAGAACGAGGCUCUCUUUGUUUAACAAAGAAAGACGGGGGGCUGCUUGUUCAUAUGAGCUUUCUCUCUCUUGUUCUACUUUAAGAAUACCCCUUGUUCUCAUCUCACUUCCACGCGUUAAAGGGCUUUCCCUAUUCCUCUCUCUUGUUCUAUAGUCGUUGGACUUGGACCUUCAUAUUUUCUGGGUUUUUGGCUACUUUCUUUGCUUUCAUACACAUAGUAGCACUAGAAAGAGGAAACUAAGACAACUCCAUUUCUUGUUGCCUUCUCUUUGGUUCAAAUUUAACUUUGUUUUUGAGCAAUCGAAGAUAAGAUAUUUGUUUGCUUAGUUAAGUAUCUGGGACCAAAGAAGCUCAGCUUGUUUUACUCCAGCAAAAAAGCCCAGAAAUUGGACGAGGAGAAUGCUGCCUAUGGGGUUUUAGUAACACUUUUUUGUAGUGAUUAGGAGCUAUAUGAAGUAGAAGUCUAACAAUGAUAGAUGGGAAACCCAAGAAAAGCAAGUUCUUAUGGUCCAAAAAAAUGGUCAGAAAAUGGUUCAAUAUCAAGAGCAAAACUGAGGACUUUCAAGCAGAUGAUCAUGUUUACGGAGGAGGUGAAGUGGAAUACAGGGCUAGUUUCUCAGAAAGGGAGCCAUGCACAAUCAAAAAGAGUAAUACAGAAAAGUUUAGUAAGAAUACAGAGCAAAGCUGGCGUGGGAGAAUGAAUCUUGAUCACCCUCGAAUCAUAGAUGUCCAAAAUUAUAGUAUUUUUGUAACUACAUGGAAUGUGGCUGGAAAAUCCCCACCUAGUAAUUUGAAUCUAGAAGAUUUGCUUCAUGCCUCACCUCCUGCAGAUAUAUAUGUCCUUGGGUUUCAAGAGAUAGUUCCUUUGAAUGCUGGGAAUAUUUUGGGGGCAGAAGACAAUGGUCCUGCCAAAAAAUGGUUGUCUCUCAUAAGAAAGACUCUAAACAAUCUUCCUGGAACCAAUGGAGGUGGGGGAUGCUAUACUCCAUCUCCUGUUCCUCAGCCCAUUGUUGAGAUAGAUGCUGAUUUUGAGGGGUCAUCUAGGCAGAAGAAUUCAUCUUUUUUUCAUCGCCGAUCAUUUCAGACAACCAGCAGCUGGAGAAUGGACAAUGACCCCUCGGUUUUGCAGCCACCACUUCACAGGCGAUUUAGUGUUUGUGAUCGGGUGAUAUUUGGUAAUAGGCCAAGUGACUAUGACUCCAGUUAUAGAUGGAGUAAUAGGCCUAGUGAUUACUCCCGGCCUAGCGAUUACUCCAGGCCUAGUGAUUACUCUAGAUGGGGUUCUUCAGAUGAUGAUAAUGGGGUUGCAGAUUCACCCAGUACUGUAUUGUACUUUCCAAUGUCCUAUGGUGGAUCUGCAUCCAAUGAACAGGCAUAUAGGGUGCCUGGGCAUUCUAGGUACUGCUUAGUGGCUAGUAAGCAAAUGGUUGGCAUAUUUCUCACAAUUUGGGUCAGAAGUGAGUUGAGAGAUCAUGUCAAAAACAUGAAAGUAUCUUGUAUUGGCAGAGGAUUGAUGGGUUAUCUCGGAAAUAAGGGUUCUAUAUCUGUCAGUAUGUCGGUGCGUCAAACAAGCUUUUGCUUCAUCUGUAGUCAUUUAACUUCGGGACAAAAGGAGGGUGAUGAGCUAAGAAGGAACUCUGAUGUCAUGGAGAUUCUUAAGAAGACAAGGUUUCCGCGAGUUGGUAAUGCAGCUGAUAAGAAGUCCCCUGAAACAAUCCUUGAGCAUGAUCGAAUAAUUUGGCUUGGGGAUUUGAAUUAUCGUAUUGCACUCUCUUACCGGUCUGCCAAGGCACUAGUUGAGAUGCAGAACUGGAGGGCAUUGUUAGAAAAUGACCAGUUAAGGAUAGAGCAGAAAAGAGGGCGUGUUUUUGUGGGAUGGAAUGAAGGAAAGAUUUACUUCCCACCAACAUACAAGUAUUCAACUAAUUCAGAUAGAUAUGCAGGGGAUGAUAUGCACCCAAAGGAGAAACGCCGAACUCCUGCUUGGUGUGACCGGAUCUUGUGGUAUGGAGAAGGCCUCCACCAAUUAUCUUACGUCCAUGUGGAAUCUAGGUUCUCAGAUCACAGACCAGUUUAUGGUAUAUUUUGGGCUGAGGUUGAGUCAAGCCAUGGUCGAUUGAAGAAAAGCAUGAGUUACUCUAGUUCAAGGAUUGAGGUAGAGGAGCUUUUGCCGCAUGCUCAUGGAUACACUGAGCUAAAUUUUUUCUGAAGGAUGAGGGAAUGGUUAUGAUCCACUUUCAAAGUAGGAAUCACUUUGAGGACAUUCAUUCUUAAGGGUGAUGGAGACAUUCCGUCACAUACUAACCAAAAAAGGAUGAACUUGCACUAUCAAGAGCUGCCUAAAUGGGUACUUGAAGAUUGUUUUAUUCAUGAUGAUUCUUUCGUUAUUUUAGGAAAUAUUUUGAUGAGUUAAAAAGAAGAUGAAUUAUGGUCUAUAUAACCAUUAGGGUGCUUACUUUUUGUUUGAAAUGCAAAGAGAAGUAAAGGGUUUGAUGGAUACUCAUUACCAAAGUGAUAGAGGAAAUGUAAAAGAAGAAAAAAAAAGAAGUGAUAAAAGAAAUCGGAUUGCUUCUUUCUCCCGCUGCUUUUGCUAAUGAUUUUACUGGAAAAGGAGUUUCCUUGAUAAUCUAACAUUUGCACUGCCAUUUACUAUUUUUUUACUGUGCUGUGAGAACAAACCAGAAAAGCACCGGACAGAUUUGCAGGCUUGGCAGGUUUAUGGAAGCCAUGAUUAAGAGACUUCUCUUUUGAAAGAGUGUUUUUUUAUGUUCACCUUUGUCCUGUAUGCAUCAUAUCAUCAGUUAGUUCUUACCCGUGCGGAAUGUAGAGAAAGUAAAAUUUGGUGGAUGCUCUGCACAGCAGCGGACAGAUUUUUCAACCUUAACCUUUAGAGGUGUCCAUUGACAUCCUACUUCAUGCUUUGGAUCCACCUCUAACUCUGCAAAUAUAUCAUGGAUAUAUUACUCAGGCAUAUGGUAAAGGAUCAGAAGUCUGCAAGUGAUAUCCUGGCAAAAGUAGGUUAGUGGCUCCCCCUUUUUUCUGUGAGGUGAACAAUAUAUUUGAAAGGAACAUGACAGUUUAUAUAUCUGACAAUUAAGUUGGCAAAUCAUGGUUUUAAGGCUGUAUUCCUUCUGAAAAUAUUUCUGUUCAGAUUUCAUGUUUUGCUGUGUUUAAUAAUCUGGUUACUGUUUUUUUAUUUCAAGUAAGUGUAAAAUAUAGCUAUUAGUCUUUGGUUGUCCUGUUUUGCUGACUUCAUUCUAUAUUUUAAAACCAAAAGUAUAGAGGAUAAUAUAAUCUGCCAUGACUCUGACUAUGUUUUGGAAUUUUUUGUUAUAACCUGAAGUACCCUUUUGUUAGUGGGACGUGAAAGCAACAUUGGCUGGCAAAAGCAUGUUCCUUUUUGUCUCUGCAAUGCAGACCAUAGCAAUGAAUAGGUCUUAUUCCUCUGCUAUUCAGCUUGCAGACACAAGGCUGCUAAAACCUGUCUAAGGCCUCUUCCUUCUCCUACAAUUUUCUCUGGCUUAAAGUAUGUAAGAUUAAAAAAAAAAAGAUUUAUCUGCUAUAAACGUUACAAAGAUUAUGAUCUCCCCGAAAUAUCUCCUCCUUUUCAUGAGAUGAUUAUGCACACACAACCAUUAACUCGGCAAGCAU